UCCGCUGUGCCGAGCGCGCGCGCGCUGUGGGCGGUGGGAAUCCUACAGCUAGACUUUCACCGGAGCUUGGCGGCCCUAGAGCUCCCCAUGGCUUCCUCACGGGCCACUUCCACGGCAGUUAAAACUAAAGCACCUGACGACUUAGUUGCUCCUGUUGUGAAGAAACCACACAUCUAUUAUGGAAGUUUGGAAGAGAAGGAGAGGGAGCGUCUGGCCAAAGGAGAGUCUGGGAUUUUGGGAAAAGAAGGACUUAAAGCAGGAAUCGAAGCAGGAAAUAUUAAUAUAACUUCAGGAGAAGUGUUUGAAAUUGAGGAGCACAUCAGUGAGCGACAGGCAGAAGUAUUGGCUGAAUUUGAAAGAAGGAAGAGAGCCCGGCAAAUCAAUGUUUCCACAGAUGACUCUGAGGUCAAGGCUUGCCUUAGAGCCUUAGGGGAACCCAUCACACUUUUUGGAGAGGGCCCUGCUGAAAGAAGAGAAAGGUUAAGAAAUAUCCUCUCAGUAGUUGGUACUGAUGCCUUAAAAAAGACUAAGAAGGAUGAUGAGAAAUCUAAGAAGUCCAAAGAAGAGUAUCAGCAAACCUGGUACCAUGAAGGACCGAACAGCUUGAAAGUGGCUAGACUAUGGAUAGCUAAUUACUCACUGCCCAGGGCAAUGAAGCGCUUAGAAGAGGCUCGUCUCCAUAAAGAAAUUCCUGAGACAACUAGAACCUCCCAGAUGCAGGAGCUGCAUAAAUCUCUACGGUCUUUGAAUAAUUUCUGCAGUCAGAUUGGGGAUGAUCGGCCUAUCUCUUACUGUCACUUUAGUCCUAAUUCCAAGAUGUUGGCCACAGCUUGUUGGAGUGGGCUUUGUAAGCUCUGGUCUGUUCCUGAUUGCAACCUCCUUCACACUCUUCGAGGCCAUAACACAAAUGUAGGAGCAAUUGUAUUCCAUCCCAAAUCCACUAUCUCCUUGGAUAAAAAAGAUGUCAACCUGGCUUCUUGCGCUGCUGAUGGCUCUGUGAAGCUUUGGAGUCUUGAUAGCUAUGACCGUUCAUGGCGCUUAUGGGAUUUGGAGGCUCAAGAAGAGAUUCUGCAUCAGGAAGGCCACAGCAUGGGUGUGUAUGACAUCGCCUUCCAUCAGGACGGCUCUUUGGCUGGCACUGGGGGCCUGGAUGCAUUUGGUCGAGUUUGGGACCUACGCACGGGACGUUGUAUCAUGUUCCUGGAAGGCCAUCUGAAAGAAAUCUAUGGAAUAAAUUUCUCCCCCAAUGGCUACCACAUUGCAACUGGCAGUGGUGACAACACGUGCAAAGUGUGGGACCUUCGACAGCGACGUUGCAUCUAUACCAUCCCUGCCCAUCAGAACUUAGUGACCGGUGUCAGGUUUGAGCCCAUCCAUGGGAACUUCUUGCUCACUGGUGCCUAUGAUAAUACAGCCAAGAUCUGGACCCAUCCAGGCUGGUCUCCACUGAAGACUCUGGCUGGCCACGAAGGCAAAGUGAUGGGCCUAGACAUUUCUUCUGAUGGGCAGCUCAUAGCCACUUGCUCGUAUGACAGGACCUUUAAGCUCUGGAUGGCUGAAUAGGCAAGACCAUGGAAAGGAACUCUUAACUUCAUGUACUCCCUUAGGAGCCGUUUUCCUCAAAAGAAAAUAAUUGGAGUGUUGUUUAGUUCUAUUAUGUUUUUUGUUAAUUACCAGGCAUAGAUCCUCAAUAGAAUUGGAUUUUCAUGUCAGCUCCAGGCAGGCAGCCAAGGCCCUAAGUGAUGGGGAACCAAACCCUUUCGUGGUUGGAAAAUUAAUUUUCCAUAGCUUGUCACAAACUGUGUAGACUUUUCAUCAAUCUUUUGUUUGAAUACCCUGUAACCCAGGCAUCCUCAAACUACAGCCUGUCGGCCACAUAUGGCCUGCCAAAGACAUUUAUCUGGCCCGCCAGGUGUUUUUGCCACUGCUGCCUGUCCUGCUUAGCAGCCUGUCCUAGGGCCCGCAGUCUGGUCCUCCAGCGGUCCGAGGGACAGUGAACUGGCACCCUGUUUAAAAAGAUUGAGGACCUCUGCUAACCUCUCACAGGACAGAGGAUUGUAACUGACUGUUUCUUAAAACCUGGCUUGAUCUAACAUAGUACAUGCUUCAGAACUGCGUAUGAUCCACAGAGCAAGGUGGCUGAACUAUAUUCAGGAAGCCCUCACAUAAAGGAGCACAUAUUAUCCCUCACUGGUUUUGUUUUGCUGUUUGUUUGUUUGUUUUGAGACAGCCUCAAGCUGUCGCCCUGGGUAGAGUAGCAUCACAGCU